UGGAAGUAUGAACAUCAGAUCUUAUGGCAGAAGAAGAGACACUGGCAUGAUGAUGCUUUUGCAGAGAUGAUGUGCCUUUCACUGCAGUGGUCUCUGUGGAGUGUGUCAGGGUUGGAUCUAACACACUGUUCAAGGCUGCGACCUAAGAGGAUUGAUCUUCUAUGUCUCUGUCUUCUAUAACUAUGUCGUUGCUACACUCGUCCUUCUUCCACUUUUCCUCAUCUUCAGAAGGUCAAGAAGACUACCUUCAGCCAAAUCUCCUGUCUUCUUUAAGAUUUUCUUACUUGCUCUUGUCGGCUAAUUAUAUAUUCCUAGAGUUAUGGCCAUUUCCGGAUUCUCCUUUCAGGUUUUUCUUCUUUUUUUUUACUUGGAGGGAACAGGUUCAUGUCAGUGGUAGAUGGUUGUAAAGGAAUAAAAUAUAGCUUCCCAACGCAUGAAGUGAUUCCACACUUGCUAACCGUAUCAAAUCUCAACCCUUUUGAAUUCGUGUAAUGACCAAGAUACGUUUUGCUUACCAUCAGCCGAUCAUUUAACUCCUAAAUGGUCUUGCUUCCUUGAUUGACUCGUAAAGGAGGGAACAAAUCGUGUUAAGGAGAUCUGCCACUCAGGUUAAGCUCACUGACAGGAUAGUAUCUAUCUGGUUGUUGUUCUUUAUUAAGUCCCAAAAGUUCUAGCUUCAUCAACUACCACCUCACAUUACCAGCAUUUGAGUUUAUCUAAGUCAAGUUGGAUAACUGGAGUCCUUUUCAUCGCUGCACAGUUUUUGCUUUGUUUCAAUCUGUUUGAUUCUUCAGGUACAUAACAGUUCCCGAAAAUGACGCUUUGAAUUUGUGGUGACACUUUCCUUAAUUCAGUGGCUCAUAUAUGAUUUCAGACUCGGAUCAUGCAGGGUAUACCCUGAAGAAAUAAUUGUUGUAUUCUUCCUAUGUGCAACACUUGUCUGCUUAAACCAGGUCUUUCCCUCUCUUCAGGGAGGUUUGUUUCAUCAUUGGGCACAAUUAUACACACAUGGGGUCUGAAUGUGAAGUGUUUAGUCUACGUUUACUUGGUCAAACCAUCGUCUAUUGUCAUGUCUAUACACGCAUCGGCAAUUCACUUUGGGAGAGAAAGUGGCGUGGAGGUACAUUAACAGAGAUGUUGUCCCAUUUGCUGUAAUGGUAGCAGUGGAGUGUGUAACUGUUGGAUCGACCACACUGUUCAAGGCUGCGUCCUUGAGAGGAUUGAGCUUCUAUGUCUUUGUCUUCUACACUUAUGUUGUUGCUGCACUUGUCCUUCUUCCACUUUCCUUCAUCUUUGGGAGGUCAAGAAGGCUACCUUCAGCCAAAGCACCUUUCUUCUUCAAGAUUUUCUUGCUUGCGCUUGUCGGGUUCGUGUCAAUGCUAUCUGGCUGUAAAGGAGUAGAAUAUAGUAAUCCUACUCUUGCCUCUGCUAUCAGCACCCUCACGCCAGCUUUUACCUUCACCCUCGCUGUUAUCUUCAGGAUGGAACGGAUAGUGUUAAAGAGCUCUGCGAGUCAGGCCAAAGUCAUUGGCACUAUAGUAUCUAUAUCUGGUGCUUUGGUUAUUGUCCUAUAUAAAGGCCCAAGAGUUCUCUCUUCUGCAUCUCGUACAUCUUCAAAACCUACCGUUUCGCUUUACCAGGAUUUCACUUCUUUUGAUUCAAGUUGGAUUAUAGGAGGCGUUUUGCUCGUUACACAGUACUUGCUUGUUUCACUAUGGUAUAUUCUUCAGACUCAGGUCAUGGAGGUGUACCCUGAAAAAACAACCGUAGUUUUGUUGUACAUCUUAUGCGCAACAGUAAUCUCAGCACCUGUUUGUAUGCUUGCGGAAAAAGAUCUGUCUUCCUUUCUGCUUAAACCGGGUGUCCCACUCGCAUCAGUCAUGUACACGGGAGGCUUAGUUUCAUCAUUAGGCACAGUUAUACACACAUGGGGUCUGCAUAUGAAGGGUCCAGUCUACAUCUCCUUGUUCAAGCCGUUGUCUAUUGUUAUUGCGGUUGUAAUGGCUGCUAUUUUCCUCGGCGAUGCACUUCACCUUGGGAGUGUCAUAGGAUCAGUGGUUUUGAGCUGUGGGUUCUACACUGUAAUUUGGGGAAAAGCAAGAGAGGACUCAACCAGAAAUGUAGCUGAUACCGAGAAGUCACCUUUGUUGGUUACACACACCGUAGAAGAUGAAGCCUCAUCAUUGAGAUGUGACUGAUGCAAGUGGAGUACUUUUCCAUGGGCCAUUAAGAGACAGUAGUAUGGUCCCCAAUGUAAUUUUAUUUUGUACAUUUAGUUACCUUGUAAAGAAUCUCUGCAACAUAAGCUAAGAUCAUUAGCAUUAUAGUGUAUAUAUCUGGUGCUCUAAUUAUUGUUCUUUAUAAUAUUAUGCUUCUUCUUUCA